AUUUCUAACACAUAAGUACCCACUGAGGGCUUGUGAAUUACAGUUUUGUAAGCCGCCAGGUUAGCUUGACGCAUUUCAGACGUUUUUGAGGGAAUGGCAUUGGACUUCGCUGCGGGCUGCAUAGGAGGUGCUGCUGGUGUUUUGGUGGGACAUCCAUUUGACACUGUGAAGGUGAGGCUGCAAGUUCAAAAUGUGGACAAACCUCUGUACCGUGGGACAUUUCACUGCUUCCAGUCAAUCAUACGCCAGGAGUCGAUGCUCGGCCUGUACAAAGGCAUUGGCUCUCCCAUGAUGGGCCUGACCUUCAUCAAUGCCAUAGUCUUUGGUGUCCAGGGCAACGCCAUGCGCAAGCUUGGCCGCGACACACCUCUCAACCAGUUCCUGGCUGGAGCCUCUGCUGGAGCCAUCCAGUGUGUCAUUUGCUGCCCAAUGGAGCUGGCCAAGACACGCAUGCAGCUGCAAGGGACCGGAGAGAAGAAGUCUAAGAGGAAGCUGUAUAAGAACUCCCUGGACUGUCUGGUGAGAAUCUACAACAAGGAGGGAAUCCGAGGUAUCAACCGCGGCAUGGUGACCACCCUGAUGCGCGAGACGCCCGGUUUUGGUGUGUACUUUCUCGCUUAUGACAUGUUGACGCGUUCCCUGGGUUGUGAGCCAGAAGACCCUUACAUGAUCCCCAAGCUGUUGUUUGCUGGUGGAAUGUCUGGCAUCGCUUCCUGGCUCUCCACCUAUCCCGUGGAUGUGAUCAAGUCGCGUCUUCAGGCGGACGGGGUCGGCGGUGUCAACCAGUACAGUGGCAUCAUGGACUGUGUCAGACAGAGCCUAAAGAAGGAGGGGUGGAGGGUGUUCUCACGUGGACUCACGUCCACUUUGCUCCGCGCGUUUCCGGUGAAUGCUACCACAUUUGCCACUGUGACUUUAUUUUUAAUUUACAUGCGUGAGGGAGAAGAGUGUAGCAUUCAGGACUCUGAGCCGCAGUCUGUGCAGCUGCAGCCACUGCAGCCGCAGACGCAGACGCAGCCGCAGCCGACCAGCCUGUAAAGCCGCUGCGCGCCAGCGAGCAUUACUACAGUCAUCAGCACAUUUAUCGAGUGUAGAUGGAAUUUGCAGCUUCAUGCUGGUCUAUGAUCUGUUAACUGGUGUCCAUAAUGAGAAAGGUGAACUGAUCCUAGGUAAGCAUCUGCCCAUGGAGCUUCAGCAAAGUGACCACAUGUAGUAUUUAAAUAAUAUAUAUUUUACCAUGAAAGCUGUACUUGUAAAUAUGGUCUGUUUUUAAACGUCUGUGGUUUUGUACACACUACUUUUUGAGUUUUAAUUAAUUUAGGGAACUUGACGGUUACAAGCGUUACUGAUGUCCCUAAAAAUGUCAAGUCAAAGAAACUCUUCAGGUCAUAAUGGAAUAUGUUUGGAAUUCAUGUUAACAACCGAUCACCCUUGUGACAGUUAUUGAUUACCAAAACCAGGUCUACAAAGUUUAGCAUACUUCUAGACAUUAAUGAAAUUGUGCUGUUCCUUUGCGCAAACUUCUAUCAGUGAAAUGAAUGUGAUUUUAAAGAUUUAAUUUAUUAAUUUUAAGCAGUUGACCAAUCAUAGUAAUCUCUCCAUGGUGUUCAGGUCAAGUCAUCCCCUUACUAUUGACCUUCGUAUAGUGUGAACACAGCAUUUUAGCGUCUUAUUGUAAUAGUUACAAAUACAGGGAAAGCCAUGUACAUGUAAAUGUCCAAGCUCCAUGUAGUUACUGUAUUCUUCUUCUGAGGUUACAACUGUUUGUUGUUCAACUUUCCUAUAAGAAAUCACAGGAGUGUGAUCCAAGUUGUGGAUGCUGUCUGAAGUUUUAUCAUCUUUUUAUUUCAUUUUUUUUGUCUACUUUAAUAAUCUGCCUUGAAUUCUGAAGUUCAUAAUGAAAAUGUUACAGACCAACAUGUUGGCCCAUUGCAGUAUGACAUAAACGCGACUUAAAUACAAAAUGUGUUAAAAUUUCUUUAAAAUGCUUAAUUUAAUUAAAAACAAUCAGUUUAAAACCAAAUCUGAAGCAGCUUCUUUUCUUCUGGACAUUGUACAAUGUCUAAACAAAGCACCUUGUUAUGAUAUUAAGCACAUGUACGGUUAAAACAAUUUCUUUUUUACUUAAUGGUAGAUUUUAUAUUAUAAUGCAAGAUUCUCUUACAGUGUCGUACAAAACAAAUGGCUUGUUAAAGGUCAAAAAUGCAUGUGUAACACCUAAUUGCGUAUCAAAAUAGCUAAAGCUAUCACUUUCCUCACAUGUGGAUAUCUUCAUGUCUAAAUCUGCAGUUCUGAACUAACAGUGCUGUCACUUUUCCUAUCAAUAAGUAGCAGAUGUUAGACUGCAGAGUCCAAAGUGCAGGUCUGGAACUGCUUUGGGGUUGUCCAAAGACAUAAUGACAUACAUGCUGUGAAUUCAGUGCUUUUUCUUCUCAUGUAAUCCUUUUGUAAGUAAGCUUUAGAUGUAUCUAGUGCAAUCAUGCAUUUUUUUUUUUUUUUUUUUCCUGUUUCAAGCCUUUACUUCUCUAUUUUGUAAGUACUUCUGACUAGUAAGUUUGUGACUAAAUUGGUGGAUGAUACAUCUUUGUAAAAGGGCUGCUGCUGUUGUGUUCUGUACUUGUAUGUGUACAAUAUGUGCAGCAUGCACACCAUGUGGCUCCUUGAGAGUGAAAUAAAAAGCCACUUUUUCUCA